GCAGUUUUAGCUUAGGAGUACAAGGAUUAGUCUCAGCUAAUGAGUGAAAAGUAGCGUCUGUCACUAAAACUUACAAAAUACCCUGACCUUCAACAUUUGGAAUCCCCUGUUGCCUUCCCCCCCUUGUUAUCCACAAUCAGUGUCUUGUGGGCCACACCUGUAUAUAUCCAACAUCAUUCUCAAGCCGAAAAGGUUGCUUCCCUUCCUCAAGGCCAUGGCUAGUCUAAACGAUUUGAGUGCGAGGUUUUACUCCUACAACAAGAUGUACAGUUAUGAAAUGCGACUCCAGAGCUUUGCCGAUUGGCCUUUUCGUGAGGAAUGUCAAUGCACACCUGAAAUGAUGGCGACGGCAGGGUUCGUCCACUGCCCCAGUGUGAAUGAACCUGAUGUGGCCUGCUGCUUCUUCUGUCUCAGAGAGCUGGAGGGCUGGGAGCCUGAGGACAACCCCUGGUCUGAGCAUAUCAAACGGUCUCCUAACUGUGGCUUCCUGGCCAUGAAAAAAGACUUUGGGGAGCUGACUGUGGCUGAGUUCUAUCACCUGGAGCAGGAGAGACUGCGUAUCUACAUUAGGAAGACUAUCCAUUUGAAGAUCGCCAAUUUUCGAGAUGAGGUGGAGAAAACAGUUAAUUACAUGAGGACGCUGUUUGACUCGGGAUCUGUGAUGUAGUUGUAUAUUUUAGCCUUGGGUGUUUUAUCUGUAAAUAUUUUAGUGAAUAAAGCUCUUCUAUUUUC